AUGAGCGGUUUCGGUCUAACGGGAGCGUCCACGGGGGGCAAUGCCUUUGGAAAUGGGUUUGUUCAGCAGCCGGCUUCUGGCGGUGCAGGAUUUGGAGGAAGCCUUGGUGGCUUUGGCGGGAAUACUACGGCACCGAGUACUGGCUUCGGGGCACCGCAAGGUGCGGUGAGUUCUUUUCCGUCGGGACCAGGAGGUCCAGGUGGCUUUGGAAAUAACAAAAAUGGAAGUAACCCCACAGCAGCAGGGAACACGAUUGGGGGGUUCGCUCAAAGCGUCCAAGCGACGCCAGGUUUCGGGUCGGCCCCACUGGGAGGAGGCUUAGGCGCUCAGGCAAACGCAACUGGCUUUGGAGCUGCAGCCAAUCAGAAUCCAGGUGGCUUUGGUGCUCAGACAAAUACUGGCGGCUUUGGGGCAGCGACUAAUCAGACUGCUGGUGGCUUUGGGGCAGCGACCAAUCAGCCUGCUGGCGGCUUCGGGGCAGCGACUAAUCAGACUGCUGGUGGCUUUGGGGCAGCGACCAAUCAGACUGCUGGCGGCUUCGGGGCAGCGACCAACCCGACUGCUGGUGGCUU